ACCUAGACCGGCAUAGAGUUAAGGUAUCACAUGAAAUAAUCAUGUGAUCGAUGUAGCGAGCGCAAGAAAGGUAUGCGGAUGGGAAGCUGUUAGGUUCUCCUAUAAAUACUCGUGCAUGUUGUGCUGGCAAUAUAUAUGCAUCUACCAGAAUUUAGUACCACGAAGCGCGUAGCUAUAGUAGCUAUAGGUGUAUAUCGUGGGUUACAGGAUGUGGGUGGUGGAGAUGGAGAAGGAGCUCUCGGACGCUGAGACGUUGGCGAAGGCGUCGAAAUGGGCGAAGCACUGCAUCUUCCUGGUGCCGCCGCGCUUCAAGCCGAUGGUGAAUGGCCGCCGCGAAAGCACUUUGUACAAGCCGCAGACGGUGGCUCUGGGCCCAUUCCACCACGACGAUGAGGACCUGAAGCCCAUGGAGGAGCACAAGCUGAGGGCCGUCCGCUACCUUCUGGAACGCGCAGAAAAGACGCUGGGCGCGCUUUUUGCGGCCGUGGAGUCGCUGGGUGAGGAGCUGGAGACCGCGUACAUGGACCUUGGCUGCGAGUGGUGUGGCGAGAACAACAGGGGGAAGUUCCUGAAGAUGAUGAUCACGGACGGCUGCUUCCUGCGGGAGGUGAUGAGGGCGGCCAGUGCCACCUCAAAGAAUUCUCCUCUUCUUGCGAAGUACGAGCACGAUGAUCCCGUCUUCAGCUGGCAUGGCAUCGAGCACAUCAAGGCAUUCAUCCAGCGCGACAUGCUCAUGGUCGAGAACCAGCUGCCUCUAAGGUUGAUCCAGAAGAUCGUCGCCGUGGAAGGCAUUACAUCUCCGGAGCCGACUUCGAUCAAUUCCAUGGUGCUCGACUUCCUGUUGGGGAAAGAAGCCCCGCCCUUCACCGGCAGCCUGGGAUACCACCCGCUUGACAUCUACAGAAAGAGCCGGCUCAAGGCUUUCUUGCAAAUGCCUCUUGUUGCUGCUUCAGGCUUGUGUGUAGCUGCGGCUCCUCGCACGGAGAGAAGCCCAAUGGCGGAGGAAGAGACAAACACAAUCCGUCCUCGGAGCGCCCAUCUGAGGUCCCUGUUCAUUAAACCUCACCAGAAGAGGACCGCUGUUCCCCGCUCCGCGUGGAAGCUAUCGGAAGCCGGCAUCCGGUUCGUGCGCAGCAAGACGAGAUGCCUUGAUGACAUCCAUUUCCACAAUGGCACGCUGGAGAUGCCCAGGGUGGUGCUGGACGAUGAAGCCCCCUACAGGUUCCACAACAUGAUGGUGUUCGAGGCGAUGCACGCCGGCACCGAGAACCAUGUGACGGCGUACGCGCUGUUCGUCAAGGACCUCAUCGACUCUGCUGACGACGUGCGCCUGCUGGUAAGGAAGAAGAUCCUCAAGCACGACCUCGCUGACAAUGACGACGGCGUGGUCAGGAUCUUCAACGGCCUCACCAGGGACGUGACCAAGCACGGGAAAAGCUUGUUGUGCGGCGUACGGGACGACGUGGAAACUCAUUACGGCAGCAACCGCGUGCGCGUCUUCGGGUACAAGUCCAUUGCUUACUUCAAAAAGGACUACUUACGCAGCCCAUGGACGCUCCUUGCACUCAUCACCGCCGUCGUGCUCCUUGUGGCAACCAUCGUGCAGGCCGUGUAUGCAGUCCUAGGGUAUGAUCCUAACAAGGAUAAGGUCAAGAGGCAGUGAUCGAGAAGGGUGUUUGUGUUUCUGUUGGAUGUACUAGCUAAAUCGUUGUCUCGUCAAAUUGUAUCUUUCUUUGUUGCACGAUCUCGCUCGAUCAUGUGUUGGCGGAACAUAGUGAGUAUGAUUUUUCUUCCUCUUC